AUGGCGUUAUGGGUCGACAAAUAUCGUCCUAAGGAUUUGUCUUCUUUAACUUAUCAUUUGGACCAAGCAAAAGACCUUGCGAACAUCGUGAAAGUUGGUGAUUUUCCACAUCUUUUGGUUUAUGGACCAAGUGGUGCUGGAAAAGCAACUCGAAUUAUGUGUAUACUAAAGGAAUUAUAUGGGAAUGGUGUAGAAAAACUACGACUUGAUCAUAAAUCUUUUCAAGUUCCAUCUGGAAAGAAACUCGAAAUUGAAACAUUUAGUAGUAAUUAUCACAUUCAGUUAAAUCCUGGAACAGUCGGUAAUUAUGAUCGAGUAGUUGUACAAGAAGUUAUCAAACAAAUGGCUCAGAUGCAGCAGAUCGAUAAUAUAUUGCAGCAACCUUUCAAAAUGGUUGUGCUAAUGGAAGCUGAUCAGUUGACGAGAGAUGCACAAGAUGCACUUCGUCGAACCAUGGAGAAGUAUUCCUCUACUUGUCGACUUAUUCUUUGCUGUGAAUCAAUUGCAAGAAUCAUCGAUCCGUUGCGAAGUCGUUGUAUGGCUAUACGAGUGGCAUCGCCUUCUGAUAAUGACAUCAAACUUGCAAUUCAUAAGGUCUGUAAGUCUGAAAACAUCAAAAUACCAGAUUCAUUGUUAACAUCAGUGGUUGAUAAAGCUAAUGGGAACCUUCGUCGAGCACUAUUAAUGCUGGAAGCAGCCAAGACACAAUGUUAUCCUUUUAAAGAAAAUCAAAAUAUACCUGAUCCCGACUGGGAAAUUUAUCUUCGAGAAACAGCAAGGAUUAUUUUGCAACAGCAAACUUGUGAAAACUUGCUAAAAGUACGUAAUCGUCUUUAUGAAUGCCUCAGUCGAUGUAUUCCGCCCAGUCUUGUCUUUGUUAAAUUAUUGGACGAUCUACUACAAGGUUGUGACGAGGUGAUUAAACCAAGUAUAGUUGCAUGUGCCGCUGAAUUUGAACAUAGAUUGGUCUGUAGCAGUAAAGCAAUCUUUCAUUUGGAAGCAUUUAUCGCUGCAUUUAUGAAUAUUUAUUACAGGCAUAAAAAUGCGGAUAACUGA